GUGACCUCGGAGGACCGGUCCCCCCGCACCUCACGGCCCCCUCCCGUCCGCGGGACCCUCAGCGGCGCCCCGGGGGCGCGGCGGGUGCUGGGGCCCGCCCGGCCGGGCUCGGUUCCCCCCGCCCGCCUCGGAUGGAGGACGCCGACUCGGCGGCGAAGCAGCUGGGCUUAGCGGAGGCGGCGGCUGUGGCGGCGGCAGCCGCAGUAGCGGCGGCUGCGGAAGCACCCGAGCAGCAGCAGCAGCAGCCUCCGCAAGCGGCGGCCUCGCAGUCAGAGGCGGAGCCGCAGCCCGAGGAGGCGGCGGCGCAGGUGACGGCGGUGACAGUGAUGGCGGCAGAUGCCGAGCACAUCGAGAUGGGAGCCGAGCCGCUGCCGAGCGCCGACGAGGCCGCCGCCGCCUUCGCAGAAGUCACCACAGUGACCGUAGCCAACGUUGGGGCCUCUGCAGACAAUGUUUUCACUACAUCUGUGGCAAAUGCAGCUUCGAUUUCAGGACACGUGUUGUCUGGGAGAACAGCCCUGCAAAUUGGGGACAGCUUGAACACUGAAAAAGCCACUCUCAUCGUGGUGCACACAGACGGCAGCAUUGUAGAAACCACGGGGCUGAAGGGGCCCUCAGCACCUCUCACACCAGGACCUCAAUCUCCUCCUACCCCUCUAACAUCUGUCCAAGAGAAAACUGGAACCAAGUACAACUGGGACCCAUCCGUGUAUGAGAACGAGCUCCCGGUGAGGUGCCGGAACAUCAGUGGCAUCCUCUAUAAGAACAGACUCGGCUCAGGAGGCCGUGGUAGGUGCAUUAAACAAGGGGACAACUGGUACAGCCCCACUGAGUUUGAAGCUAUGGCAGGACGAGCCAGCAGCAAAGACUGGAAGAGGAGCAUCCGCUAUGCUGGGAGGCCCCUGCAGUGCCUUAUCCACGAUGGGAUUUUAAAUCCUCAUGCUGCCUCUUGUACUUGUGCUGCUUGCUGCGACGACAUGACUCUGAGUGGUCCUGUCCGACUCUUUGUGCCAUAUAAAAGGCGGAAAAAAGAGAAUGAAAUGCCUGCAGCUCCAGCAAAGAAGGAUUGCUCCAAAAACAUCACCCUGCUGCCUGCCACAGCUGCUACUACAUUCACGGUGACUCCCUCUGGACAGAUCACGACCUCAGGAGCUCUGACUUUCGAUCGCACAUCAACAGUGGAGGCCACAGCCAUUAUCUCAGAGAGCCCGUCCCAGGGGGAUGUUUUCACUGGAGCCACUGUUCAGGACACCAACGUCCAGCAGCCGUGCAGGGUCAGUCACCCAGAGCCUCACUAUCCAAGUUACCAGGACAACUGCCAGAUCUCACCUUUUCCUGAAGCUGCACUGCCAACAUCUCAUCCCAAAAUCGUGCUAACGUCGCUCCCUGCCCUGGCAGUGCCCCCCACCACCCCCACCAAAGCCAUAUCCCCAUCCGUGGUGAACGGGCUGGAGGUGACGGAGCAGCGGAGCUGGCUCUACCUGGAGGAGAUGGUCAAUUCCCUGCUCCACACUGCCCAGCAGCUGAAGACUCUGAUCGAGCAGGCCAAGCAGGCCAGCUCCUCCUUCCGGGAGGCUGCUGUCACACAGGCCAAAAUCCAAGCUGACGUGGAGAGGAAAGAGCAAUACCAGAACCAGUUAUUUCAACAAUCAGAAGAUGUGGACGGGAAGACAGAAAUCAUCAUCAAGCAAUCCUGUGUCAACUGCGGCCGGGAGGCGACGAAUGAGUGCACAGGAUGCCACAAAGUCAACUACUGCUCCACGUUCUGCCAACGGAAGGACUGGAAGGACCAUCAGCACGUCUGCGGGCAGGCGGCCGCGGUGCAGGCCGAGGACGUGCACGUCACAGACAGUGUGAUGGAGAAAGUCAGUGUCUGAGCAAAGCUACCUCAGCGUGGCCGCUGGAUCGGCCACCCACUGACUGGUGUCCUCCACCACCCGCACCCUGCCUGCGGACAGACCCGGCUUUGAAAGACGUUUUGAUACUGGGACAUCAUUUGCUUCCUCCUGAGCCUCCUCCAGGACUUUGAGUAAAACAGAGACUGUGAAAUCCUCCGGUGCUGGGAGCUUUGGCUUCACCGAGGGGAACCUCCACUGCGGGGACAGCAGCGACCUCCUCAUCACCCACCUCUGGUGAGCUGGGCCUGCAGCGGGUGCUGCGGUGGGACCCGCCGCUGUCCCCUUCUCCCUGCGCCUCCUACCUCUGGUCUGAACAAAGAAAAGAACCUUCAUUUGGUUUAUUUAAUUGCCUUGAAAAGCUCGGUACAAGUUCUCAGCGUGUAGCAGAAGGACUGACUUUUGGUUGGGUAUUUUCCUGUGUUCCCUCUGUGCUGGGCAAACGUGGAACACGUUGGAGCUUCUGCACUUGAAUCCAAGUGCAAAAGAACAUGUUGUUAAAUAAAAUGAGGUGAAAGCA